UGACGUAAAAAUCUUUCUUUCAGUACCGAAUAUCCGAAAGCUGUUGUGAGGCUUAAUUUAGACCCUGUCGAUGCGAACCGAAAACUGACAUCCCAUCGAUUAAACAUUCAAUCGUAAAGCCGUAAUAUCCACAUAAAAAUGCCAUUUUUGAAGUCGCACGUGAAAUUAAUCCCGAGAUCGCGAUUAAUCGAACGCACCACAUACCGGGACGGUCUGAGACACGCGAUAUUCACCGCGAUCGGAGAUCAAAAGUACAUCGGCGACUGGCGAACGGACGUGAAAUGCGGCAAAGGCGUGCUGUGGCACCGCGAUCAAAAGGUUUACGAGGGCGACUUUAAAGAUAAUCUGCGACACGGUUUCGGAGUGUUGGCACGCAGGAUACCUGAUUGCAACGUGUACACUUUGGAGUACAGAGGCGAUUGGAGAUAUGGGAAGAUGGAGGGAAACGGUCUGAGGGUUUAUAAGGAUGGUAGCUUUUACAAAGGGGAGUUUUUGAGGGGCAAACGUCACGGGUACGGACAAAUGUGGUAUGCCGAUCACUCUUUUUAUGACGGUGAGUGGGUGAAGGAUUUACGACAAGGUGAAGGGAUGUACGUGUAUCCGAAUGGUAACCGCUACGAAGGACAGUGGAAUCUUGACGUUAAACACGGAAAAGGAGAAUAUUUCCAUCUGGACAGUGGUCAAUUGCAGGAAGGACUUUGGAAAGAGGAUCACUGUCUUACGAGUACGUUAAGGGACAUACCUUACAGACAGACUAGCAGUUAUCCCACUCCGUUCCCCAUUCGAAAUGCUGAAAUUAAAAAUGCUGAUAAGUUCGCCCGCCACAUGAUGAGGAUAUUGAAAAUUAAAACAUUACAAGGAGUUUGUGGUGAAACCAAUGCGGGUUACGCUGACGAGACCAAUUCGUCCUCAAGUUCGGAUCUUUCAAACGAUUUGGAAGUUUACUGUGAGCUUUAUGAUAGUCAAUCAUAAAAUUACUUGACCAGCAUGUGUCAAACAACCAACAUUAAAUAAAAACAUAUAAAAUGCAUAAACUUAAAUGUACACUUUGGAGUACAGAGUCGAUUGGAGGUAUGGGAAGAUGGAGGAAAACGGUCUGAGGGUAUAAAGGAUGAUAGCUUUUACAAAGGGAGGUUUUUGAGGGCUAAACGUUACAGGUACGGACAAAUGUGGUACGGUGAUCACUCUUUUUAUGAGGGUGAGAUGUUUUGGUAAUAUAUGUGAAGUCCACCUUUCGUAAAAGUUUUAAGGUGAACGGAUGAAGGAUUUGUGACAAGGUGAAAGGUUGUACGUGUAUCCGAAUGGUAACCGCUACGAAGAACAGUGGAAUUUUGAGGUUAAACACGGAAAAAGUGAAUAUUUCCAUCUGGACAGUGGUCAAUUACAAGGAAGACUUUGAAAAGAAAAUCAAUGUAUUACGACUAUGUUAAAGGACAUACCUUACAGACAGACUAGCAGUUAUCCCACUCCGUUCCCCAUUCGAAAUGCUGAAAUUAAAAAUGCUGACAAGUUCGCCCGCCACAUGAUGAGGGUAUUAAAAAUUAAAACAUUGCAAGCAGUUUGUGGUCGAACCAAUGCGGGUUACGCUGACGAGACCAAUUCGUCCUCAAGUUCGGAUCUUUCAAACGAUUUGGAAGUUUACUGUGAGCUUUAUUGAUAUUCAAGUAAAUAUAAAACAAUCAUUUAAUAAAUGAAAUAUACAAAUUUUAA